AUGCACCUGCCGGGCUGCGCGCCAGCCAUGGCCGACGGGAGCUUCUCGCUCGCUGGCCACCUGCUCCGCAGCCCGGGCGGGAGCACGUCGCGAUUGCACAGCAUUGAAGCCAUCCUGGGCUUUACCAAGGAAGACGGCAUCCUAGACACCUUUCCUGCAGAGAGGAGCUCCAGGGACUCGAAAGAGCGGGAUCCCAGGCUGGGCGCGCGGCCCGCCUGCCCCAAGGCGCCAACCGGAGGCUCGGAGUCUUCGCCACCAGCAGCCCCGGGGCUCGUCCCGGAGUACGAAGCUACUCGCCCCUGCUACCCCAAGGAGCAAGGAGAGGCACGGCCGAGCCCAGGACUACCGGUUGGGCCAGCAGCUGGAGAGCCGAAGCUGUCGGAGGAGGAACCUCCCAAGAAGAAGCAUCGACGCAACCGCACGACGUUCACCACUUACCAACUGCACGAGCUGGAGCGCGCCUUCGAGAAGUCCCACUACCCCGACGUGUACAGCCGCGAAGAGCUGGCAGGCAAGGUUAACCUUCCCGAGGUUCGGGUUCAGGUGUGGUUCCAGAACCGACGGGCUAAGUGGAGGCGUCAGGAGAAACUCGAAGUGUCGUCCAUGAAGCUGCAGGACUCUCCCCUCCUCUCCUUCAGCCGCUCCCCGCCUUCCACCGCACUGGCUCCGCUGGGAACCGGCUGCCCGAGCAGCGGUAGCGGACCUCCGGGGAGCGCCCUGCCGCUGGAGCCAUGGCUCGGGCCACCACUGCCCGGCGGAGGCGCCACCGCGCUGCAGAGCCUGCCAGGUUUUGGGCCUCCCGGGCAGGGUCUCCCGGCCAGCUACACGCCGCCACCGCCCUUCCUGAACUCCGCGCCCCUGGGUCCAGGUCUGCAGCAGCUCGGGCCACCGCCCGCGUACCCGUGCGCGCCAGCCUUCGGGGACAAGUUCUCGCUGGAAGAGGCGUACCCGCGCAACAGCAGCAUCGCCGCGCUGCGCCUGAAGGCCAAAGAGCACAUCCAGGCCAUAGGGAAGCCCUGGCAAGCCCUCUAGAGGCGCUGCGGAGUUGCUGCGAGCCCUGCGUGCACCCAGCCUGCUGGCCGCACUUUUCUUUGCUAGCCCUGCCGCAAGCCACAAGCCGCGGGCCAGCCUUGGGCGGGACACUCGCGCCUACUUCUGAUUCUUCGAGAAAGACCGAACUUGAGGCCAGCGGAACUUCAGCCUCCCUGCCAGAGGGACAAGCUGCGGGUCUCGCCUGCCACACCGCUCCUAUAAGCAUCAGCGCCUACCAUCGGGAGGGACCAAGGAGCUUGACCUGGAAUGUUCCGGACGGAAGGAAUGGGGAGUGAGAAAAAAAAAUAGAGUUGAAGAAACUGUUUGUAAAGUUAGUUUAAAGUAUUUUGGAGGAAAAUUAAAGAUUGGGCUGUUGCCCGGCUAAGCGU